AUGGCCUACGUGGACGCCGUCGCCGCCCGCAACUUCGUGAUCAACCUCUCCGGGAACGUCCUCGCCGUCCACAGCCAGGCCAGGCCGGCCGAAGUGCACGUACCUGCCGUUGUUGGUAGUGAGGUCAUUCUUCAAUGGAUAAAGAUACUGGAUUUACGGAUCUGUUUUUGGAUACGAGGGGAUAUUGACGUCCAGAACAAGGAAAAUCAUGGUGUUGAAUCUUUCGCGGAUAACAUAAGCCAGGCUAACUUCGAUGGUUGGAGUGGUGAUGAUGGCUAUGAGCAUGAUGAUGGAGCUAAUAUGGACAUUGAGGAGGCUGAAAUCCAGCAACGUGCGCUGGAGACACAGUUGAAGGUUAUGGGUAUGACAUUUGCAUCACAAUGGGAGGCUUACAUGUUCUAUAAUAACUAUGCCAAAGACCGUGGAUUCAGUAUCAGAAAAGAUAAGGUGAAACGAGUAAAAGGACUUUCAACCACUAUUCGGUAUAGGCGAUACGUUUGCUCAAGGGCAGGAAAACGUCUCAGUAAAUUUUUAAACCCGGAGGGCCGUACCCACAGGCUAAGACCUGAGACUCGUUGCGAGUGUGGCGCACAUUUAGUCGUGAAGUUGGACAAAGGACGUGGAGUUUGGUUCGUGGCAGCUUUUAUGGAUGAUCACAACCAUUUGUUGGCUAGAGCAGAUGAGUUGGUAUUUCUGCGGCCACAUCGAGUGAUGGGAGAUCACCAGAUAGCUGAGAUCUUGGCGAUGGAAGGAGCUGGGAUCAGAAAGCAUAUCAUCGUCGACAACUUCAUUAGCAGGCAUGGCUCGUAUGAUAAGUGUGGGUUUCUGAGACGAGACGUCUACAACCUAUGUUGCCGAGAAAAAAUGAAGUUGAUUGCGAAGGGUGAUGCUAACACGGCAAUCGGGAUUAUGAGGAGCAGAAAGGAGAAGGAUCCAGACUUUUUCUUUGAGUACGUGCUCGAUAAGGAGGGCCGUUUGAAGAGCAUGUUCUGGUGCGAUGCACAGUCGCGGAGGGACUAUCAGUUGUAUGGAGAUGUGACUGUGUUUGAUAGCACGUAUAAGAUGAACAGAUAUGGUAUGCCGUUCAUCCCCUUUGUUGGUGUAAAUAAUCACCGUUGCACCACAGUUUUUGGUUGUGCCAUUGUGUCCGACGAGACCGAAGCGACGUACGUGUGGCUGCUCCAGACAUUCCUGAAGGCUAAUUGUCAGAAGAAGCCAAGGUCAAUCAUCAUAGAUGGAGACGCUGCAAUGAUACGAGCUAUUCGGUUGGUUUUGGUUGAUGUGUUGCACCGUCUCUGCUCAUGGCACGUGGAAAAAAAUAUGCAGAAGCACCUUAAUUACAAAUCGCUAAAUGAGUUCAGGGCACUCUUGUACUACUCCACCUCUCCAACCAACUUUGAGGCGAGAUGGCACGCUUUUGUCUGUAAAUGGAAGACUGAUAAAACAGAAGAGUGGCUGCGUAGGAUGUACAGGAAGAGGAGUCUGUGGGCAGCAUCAUAUCUGUCAGAUGGUUUUUUUCUAGGUAUGCGCAGUAAUCAGAGGAGUGAAAGCCUUAACUCUUGUCUUCACCUUCACCUGGACGGCGGUAUGACUAUUGUUGAUCUAGUUGUGCAUUAUGAGAAUUGCAUAGUUCGACUACGUGAGAACGAGGCGCAUGAUGACUGUGUUUCAAAUCAGUCAUUGCCAUCAUCAGUCACAGAAUAUAAGGACAUUGAGAAGCAUCCUGCCGAAGUAUUCACUCAUUCCAAUUUUUAUAUUCUCCAACAAAAUCUGAAGAAGAUGGGAGAGCUUGAGAUUUUUGAGACGCUAGUGGGAGUUGACUGCCACACCUUCAUCGUGACAUGGAGAAAUAACCACAAAUUUCAGUUCAGCGUGAAUUAUCAAGCUGAAAACUCUGAGAAUACGAUAGACUGCAGUUGUGGAUGA